AGCGAGCCGCGGUGGGCGCGGCGCCCGUGCUGAGCGGCGCGGGAAUCCCGAUGGUGUCGUUCGCCGCCACGGCCGACGCGCUGCGGAAUCGCACCGCGUAUCCGACCUUCUUCCGUACUGCCUUCGGCGAUCGGCACCAAGCGGCCGCCAUUCGCAGCGUGAUCGACCAGCUGCAGUGGAAGCGCAUCCUCGUGUUCCACUCCGCCGAGACCUACGGCGAGGCGCUCGCCUACGACGUCGCCCAGGAGCCCCAGCUGCAGGUGCGUACGGUGCGCAUCCCGCACCCGCCCCCCGCGGACUGCUCCGCGUUCUUCCCCGCGGCGGCAGACGACUGGAUGCAGGCGUCGGAGGACACGGGCGUGGUGCUCGCCGUGCUGCCGCGCACCGCCUCCUGCCUCUGGGCCGCGGCCAGCAAGCUGAACCUACUGGCGUACCCAUGGUGGUACCUGGGCACGGACGGCGUGGCGGCGUUGGACCUCAUGGAUGCAGCGCCCGAGUCAGGCGAGGAGAUGCUGGGCGGCCAGCUGGAGUACGAGCUCGCGCUUGCGCCCUCAGCCGCCGACCCCUCGGGCGAGGAGGCCUUCGCGCCGUUCAGGAGCUACUGGCAGCAGCAGUCGUACGCCGCCUUCCCUGGGCUGCUCACCUUCGACGCCGCCCCGCACUUCUCCACCCCGCGGCCCUUCGUGCCGCACCUCAUUGACGCGGUGUGGGCGUUCCACGAGGCUUUCAACAAGACCGUUGGGGAAAACGGCUCGUUCCCGUCCACUUCCCAACUGCUGGCGUGCUUCAAUGACUCGCCUGCCGACUGCGUGUCCUUCGCGGGGACAACCGGCCACGUGCACUUUGACUCCGACUCGGGCGAGCGCAGCAAGCUGCACGUGUCGCCGCGGUACUCGCUCAUGCAGUUUGCAGGGCUCCCCUGGAUGCCUGUGGGGGAGUGGGUGGAGCAGCAGCAACCGCGGCUCAACCUGACACAGCAGACGCCGCUGAUGCGACCAGCUGAUCCUGCUGGAGACACCAGCAGCAGCACAGGAGAGGUGAAUGGAAGCCUGACAGGGGAGGUUGCUCCUCCUGCCAGCAACAGUAGCAGCAGUGGUGGUGGUUCCAAUGGUAUUGAUGGCACUGCUGGUGGUUCGUCAGUGCGGCAAUCAGCUACCAUUGAGCCCACCACUGCCGCAACUGACAGCACAAGUGGCGGCAGCAGCAGCAGCACUGGAUCCACUAUAGCAAUAGCAGUGGUGUGCAGUGCCAUGCUGGUGGCUUUGAUUGCUAUUGUUGGUGCCAUGUUGUGGAGCAAGCGGCAACACUUGUUUGUGCACGAGGAGCCUAAGCACCAUAUGGUGGCUGAUGAUGCUGAUGUUGCAAGGGGAGGAGUGCACUUGCUGUAGUGCUAGUGAAAUCAAUGUGCCUUUGGAUUUUCUUCGCAUAGAUGUAUUGUAUUCUUUACUAAUAGUUAGCAUGCUGAAGUUGCAACUCUAUCCUUACGGGUGUGUUGUAUCAGAGUAGAAGAAUGAA